GCUACAGCGCGAGGAAGAGAUGCGCGAGGUAGAGGCAGUCUGGCAGGAAGCACAAAUAACCAAAUAACAGGAAGCAUUCACAAUCACCUCACAGAGCCUGUCCCCUGACAGAACUAACCGGCGGAGGGCGGACAUUGGAAUCACACCGAGGUUUAAUUUCAUCCGCAUCCUCCUCAUAUCAGGGGAAACCAUCCGCCUCCGCCCCUAGCGACCUCCGGGACAGUAAACAGAUGGAGAAACAGGCCGGAGCUGCCGGGGCGGCGGAAGCAGCAGGGCCGAACAGAAAGCCCUGGGGCUUGCCGAGCUCAGGACCAAACACCGGUGAAACCCCGGAGAGUCCAACAGGUUCUCACGUAGAGUGGUGUAAACAGCUGAUCGCAGCCACCAUCUCCAGUCAGAUCUCAGGAUUGGUCCCGUCAGAUAUAAACAGGGACAACAAGGCUAGGAGAAGACCGGAUUUCAUGACGAACGACAGAAAGCCAGAUGGACCAAGUCACCUGCCGAUAUCCUGCCAAUCCUUUCAUGGAAAGCGCUCCCUGCAGCAGCAAGACUCACAAGAUGAAGAGCUCUGUUACCAUGGAGAGAGUGAUUCUGAUUCUCUGAACCUUCCUGCUUUGAGGUAUGGGGCGCAGGUCACUAUGUCCCAGAACCAGGUUCCUCUGCUACCAGGAGAAACAGUGCAGACCACAGUGAAGGAUGUGAUGUACAUAUGUCCCUUCAGUGGUCUGGUUAAUGGAACCCUGACCAUCACAGACUACAAGCUCUACUUCACCAGUGUGGAAAGGGAGUCUCCGUUCAUCCUGGAUGUGAACCUGGGAGUCAUCAGCAGACUGGAGACCAUCAGUGUCCCCAACCAGGGAGAGAACACCAAAGGACUGGAGUUAGUCUGCAAGGACAUGAGGAGUCCCAGGUUCGCCUAUAAGACGGAGGAGAGUAAUCCAGACGUGGUGGAGCUGCUGGCCAAACACGCCUUCCCCCUCUCACACAGCCUGCCUCUGUUUGCCUUCCUGUACAAGGAGCAGUUUCCUGUGGACGGCUGGAAGGUGUACGACCCGACAGCCGAGUACAGACGUCAGGGCCUCCCUAAUGAGAGCUGGACCUUCAGCAAGAUGAACAGCAGCUAUGAGCUGUGUGACACCUAUCCCUCCAUCCUGGUCAUCCCCACCAACAUCGCAGAAGACGACAUCAAGCGGGUGGCUGUGUUCCGAGCAAAGCACCGCAUACCGGUCCUGUCCUGGAUCCACCCAGAGACUCAGGCCACCAUCAUUCGCUGCAGCCAGCCAUUAGUAGGCCCUUCAGACCGCCGCUGCAAAGAGGACGAGCAUUACCUCCAAAUCAUCAUGGAUGCCAACGCCCAGUCCCACAAGCUCACCAUCUUUGACGCCCGGCAGAGCAGUGUAGCAGUCACCAACAAGGCGAAGGACGGAGGGUUUGAAAGUGAGAGUUUCUAUCCAAACGUGGAGCUGAACUUCCUGGAAAUCCCCAACAUCCAUGUGAUGAGGGAGUCCCUGAGGAAGAUGAAGGACGUGGUUUACCCCACCAUAGACGAGGCCCACUGGCACUCUGCUAUCGAUCAGACACACUGGCUGGAGUACAUACGGUUGUUGUUAUCAGGAGCAGCAAAGGUGGCAGAUAAGCUGGAGUCGGGGAAGUCGUCGGUGGUGGUGCACUGCAGCGACGGCUGGGACCGCACCGCGCAGCUCACCUCUCUGGCCAUGCUGAUGCUGGACAGUCACUACAGAACGCUCAGAGGCUUCCAGGUUCUCGUGGAGAAGGAAUGGAUUAGCUUUGGACACAAGUUUGCUGCUCGCGUGGGUCAUGGUGAUGAGAACCAUGCUAACUCAGAGCGCUCGCCUCUCUUCGUCCAGUUCAUCGACUGUGUUUGGCAGAUGACUCGACAGUUCCCAGCAGCCUUUGAGUUCAACGAGCUGUUCCUGAUCACAGUGCUGGACCACCUGUACAGCUGUCUGUUUGGAACGUUCCUCUAUAACAGUGAGCAGGAGCGGGCAGCCAAGGAGGUGCAGACACAGACUGUGUCCCUGUGGUCCUACAUUAACAGCCAGGUUGAGGACUUCACCAACCCUUUCUACGUGGACUACGAGCACCAUGUUCUGUAUCCGCUAGUGUCCUCCAGACAUCUGGAGUUGUGGACCGCAUACUACGCCCGCUGGAACCCCCGCAUGAGACCCCAGGUGCCGGUGCACCAGACGCUGAAGGAGCUGCUGUUGCUGAGGGGGGAGCUGCAGAGGAGGGUGGAUGAGCUGCAGAGAGACGCCACCUCCCACUCCCUGACCUCCUCCUCCGAACACUCCCCCACACACAGCACGCCACUGCACAGCGCUGUCUGACACACACACACACACACACACACCGGAAACACCCCUACACACACAGAUAAAGCAUGUUUUUGCCCAAUUAGUACUCAUGUUUACAAUUUUAUAUUAACAUUUUUACAAACAACCCUGAUACAACACCUGUGUUUAUUAUUUAUAUUAUUUAAAUCUAUCAAGUAUUCAGAAAGACCAGCUCCCCCUGCACUGUGAGAACCUUAUCACCCACUUCACUGGUGUUUGUAUGAAGAAUUGCUUCUAUAUUUCUCAGGGCCCAGGAAGUCACAUGACUGCCAGUGACUUUUCACACACACCCACACACUCCUCUCCCUUUACCAUGUCAGUGACUGACUGAUUAGAAUCAUUGGUGUGAGCUAUGCUAAGCAGAAAUAAUAUGAAAAUAAUGGUUUUUGGCCAAUCAGAGAAGAAUCACAAUGAACCCCAACCCCACAGUAAGGACACUGUGCAUGAUUUCCUAUAUUUGUUUUUUUAAAUGAUUGUUUUAUUUGAAUUUUUUUUUACUUUCCCUGAUCCCCCAAACUACUUUGUCAUUUACUGUAAAUAAUUUCUAGCCAGUGUUUCUCACAAACGAACCGAACACAGGUGUGUGUGGAGCUGCUCCCAAAAGUUAAACUGUGAAUUGAAUCGACUUCAAAGCAACACGAUCGUAGGACAGUGUUUUUAUAAAGAUGAGAAAAUGUUAAAUAUUGAAAAUGCCAAGAUAUUUUUUAUUACAGUUCAGAAUUGAUAAUUAAGUUAAAUAUGAUCAAAUGUGUGAGAUACAAAAUACAGAUUUUAAGAUUAGAGUUUGUGAUUCAAUUUUAGGUACAUUAUUUAAGAACAAUUGAUGACUAAAUUCAGUUGACUAGAAAUCUGGUGUAAACAAUUCUAUUUAAAAGACAUAUAAUGCAGAUAUCACUGUGAACUAACAUGUUCAAGCUUUAAAGUAAUUAUUGUACAGUUACAGCAGUUAUGCCAAUAAUGAACACAAUUAAAUGAUCAGCUCUCAACAAAAAAAGACUGCUAGAUCACUUUGCCUUUAUUUCAAGAGCACACUUCAAUUGACAUAAACAAAUCAAUGCAUUUAAAGAAGAAACUGGAUUGAGAACAGUAUUACCCAAGUAUUACUGAAGUUAUUAUCCACUGUUAAAGAAGAGGGCCCACACUUGAUAGAAAUGAGCAAGAAUCAGGUUCACCACCUCUGACCUGUUUGGUGUUGUUACAGUUUGAAAGAUGUCCCUUUUAUUCUAAUGCGAUGUGACUUAUACAUUUCACUGUGUACCUGUGGCAUGCAAUUGUACAAAUCCCUUUUUAUGUAAAUUAUGUGAGAAGUUAAACCUCUUAAUGAGCCAUAAUCACUUCUGACAUUCCAUUUAAAAACAAAUCAAAACUC